UUCAGGUCCAGUAUGCAUCAUCUCAACACAGUCGCUCUGAGGACGUUCAAACACACUCGGUUGUUCCCUAAAUACUGUAAAUUCACCGUGAAAUCUAACCGAGCGGAUCCGCGCGAUUCUCUACUUGAAUAACAUGGGUUAAGAUGUUUGGAUAACUCUGCACGAGGAUGGAGACACGGAUAUUGUGUUUCGACAGGACAGAAAUCACAGAAGGGCUUUAAUAUCUUCUUCGGUUCUUCUCUUUUGUUGUGUGUGAGAGAUGAUCGCAGUGUUUGUGUGCAGCGCGGCGGCUUUCAUCCUGUACGUCAACACACUGGACGCGGACUUCUGCUAUGAUGACAGCCGUGCUAUCAAAACCAACCAGGACCUUCUCCCCGAAACGCCUUGGAUCAACAUCUUCUAUGAUGACUUCUGGGGCACGCUUCUCACCCACAGCGGCAGCCACAAGUCGUACCGGCCACUCUGCACGCUCUCCUUCCGCCUCAACUAUGCCCUGAGCGGCCUGAACCCCUGGAGCUAUCACCUGAUCAAUGUGCUCCUCCACUGCGCCGCCGCUGCGCUCUUCUCCAGCUUCUCCGGCCUGCUGCUGGGGUCGGGCCGCUGGAGCCUGCUGGCCGGGCUUCUCUUCGCCGCUCACCCCAUACACACCGAGGCCGUGGCGGGCAUCGUGGGUCGGGCCGACGUAGGAGCAGCUCUUUUCUUCCUCUUGGCCCUGCGCUGCUACAUACGGUACUGCUCCCUGAGGACGAGCGGUGCGCACGGGCGGAGCUGGCCGUGGUUUGUGAGCACGUUGGCGUGUGCUUCCUGUAGCAUGCUGUGGAAGGAGCAGGGCGUGACGGUACUCGCUGUGGCGGCCGUGUAUGACGUGUUUGUCUUCCAUCGGCUGAAGUUGCAGCAGGUUCCCGCACUCUUCUGCAAGAAGAAGAAUCUGCCGCUGCUGUCGAGUGUGUUUGUGUUGGGCUGUUGGGGAAUCUUUCUUCUGGCCGGUCGUCUCUACUGGAUGGGCAACAAACCUCCAAACUUCUCCAACUCUGACAAUCCUGCAGCAGACUGCCCCUGUUUCCUGUCCAGAACUCUCACCUUCUUCUACCUGCCAGCCAUGAACAUUUGGCUGCUCCUCUGCCCUGUCAUGCUGAGUUUUGAUUGGUCGAUGGAUGCUCUGCCACUUGUGAGGAGCGUUGCUGAUUGGAGGAACCUCCACACCGUUGCCUUCUACGGCUCGCUGCUGGCGCUGGCGUGGUUCGGUCUCCGCAGCAGCUCAACCAAAGGCAAGGAGACCAACGGGAAAGUCCAUCAUGUAGCAAACGGGAAAUCCACGAACGGACACGGCUGUAGCUCUGAUCAUGAACACUCGACACUUUAUUCAAACGGAACUAAUGGUACUGUAAAACACCAUGUGUCGUCUUUACCCACCACUGAGAGUCUGGUGCUGUUCUCAUUGGGUCUGCUGGUCGUUCCCUUCAUCCCAGCCACCAACCUCUUCUUCUACGUGGGCUUUGUGGUGGCCGAGCGAGUGCUAUACAUCCCCAGUAUGGGCUUCUGUCUGCUGGUAGCGGUGGGGAUGAGAUCUUUAUUUGUCAGACUGAGAAGGAAGUCCUCCAGAACACUCCUGAUGGGCUCCUGUGCUGCUCUGGUGCUUCUCUUUGGGAUGAAGACGGUUCUGAGGAAUCAUGACUGGCACAACGAGGAGAUGUUGUACAGGUCAGGGAUAUCUGUGAACCCUGCGAAAGCAUGGGGUAACCUGGGAAACGUCCUGAAGAACCAGGGGAAGGUGUUGGAGGCAGAGCGAGCGUACAGGAACGCUUUGUACUACCGCAGGAACAUGGCUGACAUGCUGUAUAACCUCGGUCUGCUGCUGCAGGAAAACAACAGAUUCUCAGAGGCUCUUCAUUACUAUAAACUGGCCAUCGGGAGCAGACCCACUCUGGCCUCCGCCUACUUGAACACUGGGAUCGUCCUGAUGAAUCAGGGUCGUCUAGAAGAGGCCAAGCGCACCUUUCUCACCUGUUCUGAUAUCCCAGAUGAAAACCUGAAGGAUCCUCAUGCACACAAGAGCUCCGUCACCAGCUGCCUGUAUAAUCUGGGAAAACUGCUUCAUGAACAAGGUCAUCAGGAGGAGGCCAUAUCUGUGUAUAAAGAAGCCAUACAGAAGAUGCCCAGACAGUUUGCCCCACAGAGUCUGUAUAAUAUGAUGGGAGAGGCUUACAUGAGGCUCAACAAACUGACGGAGGCUGAGAUCUGGUAUAAAGAAUCGCUGCGAGCCAAACCAGACCAUAUACCUGCACACCUCACUUACGGCAAACUGCUGGCCAUGACGGGUCAGAAACCGGAAGCGGAGAAGUUCUUUCUGAAGGCCAUCGAGCUCGAUCCUACUAAAGGAAACUGCUAUAUGCAUUAUGGUCAGUUUUUGCUGGAGGACUCGAGACUUUUGGAAGCUGCUGAAAUGGCACAGAAAGCCGCCCAAUUGGACAGUGAAGAAUUUGAUGUGGUUUUCAGUGCAGCUCAUAUGCUCAGGCAAGCGAGCCUCAACGAUGCAGCUGAGAAAUACUACAGACAAGCAGCGAGUCUGAGAUCUAAUUAUCCUGCAGCCCUCAUGAAUCUUGGAGCCAUUCUCCAUCUGAACGGGAAACUCCAGGAGGCCGAGGCCAAUUACCUGAGAGCCUUGCAGCUGAAACCAGAUGACACCAUCACUCAGUCCAACCUGAGGAAGCUGUGGAACAUCAUGGAGAAACAGGGCUUGAAGACUCUUGGACACCUUUGACUAAUGAGCACCUCCACUGAGGUUUUGAGAGAAACGUUCUCUCUGCUCUCACUACUGAGGUAAUCUACAGUCUAGGACAGACUGAGGAAGUCUUCAGAACCUUACAGUACCUCUUGGGAUGUUUGAAAUGAGCACUGUACAUUUGGUAAAAUAGAGAACUUCUGGAAGACGUUAAAAUUGUAGAGCUCCUCAGACCUGUCAAGAACUUCUAUUUGCUCUUCAGAGAGCCUUGAGUCCUCAAAAGGAGUUCUCCACUUGAAGUAGCCCAUAGAUACAUACUUGAAGUCUCAUAUUGAUUAGGUUUGUAAUUAGUUAGUUAAAGGGCAAUAUUUGCUCUGAGGCUGAAUAACAUUAUGAUUGAAUGAGCAUGUGAAGCUUGUCUCUCCAUGUACAGUACAUUUCAAUGUCAAUGAGUUCAUUCAUAUAACUGGAAUCAUUCAUAUUUAUUGAGUACAUCAUAGCUUACGGACCAUUUAUUUUCAUGCACAAAGGUGAUGCAUGAUUUUAUGCCAUCUAAACUGAUCAACAAAAUAACAAAUUAAAAGGCCAUGAAACACGUCCUAAAUCGUUCUCACUCACAGUAAAAACCACAAAAACUGUCCAUUGUGUCAAAUAAGUGACAUUGUAUUGACACUGUACAUACUCACCAUGGAUCAUAUUAGACGCCUUUGUGUUGAACACGGAUUCGUACACAUCCCAUCAGUGUCACGUGAAUCCAAACGUACCAUACCCACAACAUUAGAUAAAUACUGGGAUCAUGGAAUUGGAUCCAUCUUGCCAAAAAUGACAUGAAUCCUGAAAGAAACAUUGGAUAAGCUCUGUCGCCUGAAAGAAAUGUUCUCGCGAGCUCUCUUUGCCUUACUUUGUCCAAACUUGUUCUGUAGCAGAAAAACACUUGGCUUGUUUUCCUCGUUGCUUUACUAACAUAACAGCUAAUGGAUCACAAACGGUUAUUUCACAUUCAGCUGGUUUGGACAGAUCCAUGGAUGUCAACUAGUUCUAAUGGUCUCGUUUGCAGUCUGGUCGAAUAUAGAAGCAAAUCUUUGACUGAAAACACUUAACCAAAUACAAAACGUUUCACUCUUGCACUCAUCUUACAAAAUACAGCCAUAGAUUUAAAAGGGAUUGUUUGUAUGUAAUAUUGCUUUAAUAUUAUUUUCUAUGUUUGAGUGUUUAAAUUUAACCUAAUAUAUAAAAAUGACACAUUACAGUAUGAUGUUUUUUUCUCAAACACAGAAAAACGGUGAGCCAGAAUCACAAUAUGCGAAUUUCGUGUUCUUCAGUCGUGUUUUCGUUCUUGCAAUUACUUUGUCCCUGAUGUGAGGAUAGAUUGCGUUUGAAAAGCUCUUAUUUUGUGAUCACACAAGUUCCACAUUGGUUUUGAUAUGAAGGUUUUUUCUGGUGAUAUCAACCGACUCAUUUUAAAGGUCUAGUGAAUGCAGUGCUGGACAGCCGAAUCAGUAUUAACUUAUUCCCGUUGUGUUUGUUUUGGGAAAAAAGAAAACAGCUGGCACUGUGUUAUAUAUACAAGUGUAUAAAAGAUUUCUGAAUUGAGAUGCCCUUUGUUAAAACAUAUUUUGAUUAAGUAAUUCAUCUGGAGUUUUAUUCACACGUGUGUAACAGGAGCGCUGUGUUUUUACAGGGGGUGUUCAGCAGUGGGAAUUUCUGGAAUAAAACCGGAAUUUGCCCUGCAUGUGUCUUGACAGUGUCCCAAAAAAAGCUCUCUGUCUCUUCAUGUUUUACUUUAUUGUGUCUUCUCUCUUCCCAAAGAAAUGCAAACAAUAUAUUCAAUAAUAGAAACGACAAAUUUAAUGUAGGGAAUCUCAUGAAGAAAUGUCCGGGUCAUAUUUCACCCUAAAAUCAUAAGUAAAGCAAUAUAUUUUGCAAAAAAUAAAAUGAAACCUAUUUUAGGACUAUUACAAUAUGACGUGAUUUCCAUGACCGAGAUUAAAUGUACUUUACAGUUUAUAUAUAUAUAUACUGUGACGAGGGCGGGGCUGGGCUGUGAGGACACACGGCCGGCGCUGGAUCGGGCUACUCAGUGGGGAGGGGGAUAAAGACGAGCCAGAGGCACCAGUUCAAGAGAGAGAGAGAGACGCACGCGGCCGCGUUGCAUGUGUGUCUGUGUUUAUGUUUGUUUUAUGUUUAUUAAACCUUUGUUGACUGUUUAGCCAGUUCCCACCUCCUCCUUGCCCAUCCUUUAUCCGUUAAAUUCCUGGGU